AUAUGUACAAUAUUUUAGAGUUAAUUUUCAAAAAAAGAAAAAAUGAGGAAAAAUCUAAAUUUAGAUUACAAAGUAAGAUAAGAUUUAUAAAUGUUGUGAAAAGAAAAUUUUUUGACAACCAUAAAAUAUUAACAUUGCUUAAAACAAAAUCUCGUAAUACUUUUUAUCAGUUUUAUUUUCAUCGCCACUGCAAACAUUUCAAUUAAUUAUAAAUUUGAUACCAUAAUCUGCGCUCUUAAAAAUCAUCAAAUUAAUCUUCACACCAAAAGAGAUUUUAAUUUUCAUCAAAAGGAAACAGUUAACCACUCAGAAAAAUGACGAACUUCGUCUGUACCAAGGAUUAUGAGCAAAAAGCUUUAAAUCUCCUAACGCCAAAUGUGAGAGAUUUUUACAAAGGAGGAUCCGGCGAAGAAAUUACAUUAAAAUGGAAUCGCGAUGCUUUUGGACGAAUUAGAAUUCUACCGAGAAUGUUGAGGGAUGUUAGAAAAGUGGAUCUCAGCACAACAAUUUUAGGAGAAAAAGUUUCAAUGCCUCUGGGAAUUUCACCAACAGCUCUACAAAGAAUGGCUCAUCCUGAUGGAGAAUGCGCCAACGCAAAAGCCGCAGAAGCAGCAGGGAUAAUUUACACUCUUUCAACUUUAUCAUCGUCAUCAAUCGAAGAAGUCGCCCAAGCAGCUCCGAAAUGUAUUAAAUGGUUCCAACUUUACAUAUUUCCUGAUCGAAAAUUAACACUAGAUUUGGUGCGUCGAGCUGAAAAAUCUGGAUUCAAGGCUUUGGUUGUGACAGUCGAUUCCCCAACCGCGGGAAAUAGAAGAAAUGAACUUCGAAAUAAUUUUAAGAAACCUUCGCAUAUAAUAUUCGCCAACUUGAAAAAUUAUUCUUUGCAAAAUAGUUUCAGUAACGAUCCUUAUUCGCUGCGUUUGGAUCUGUCGCUGUCCUGGGAAGAUAUUUCAUGGCUUAAAAAAAAUACAUGUCUACCAAUAGUGACAAAAGGAAUAUUAACUGCAGAAGAUGCUCUUCUAUCAAUAAAGCAUGGCGCUAGUGGAAUUUUAAUUUCUAAUCACGGAGGACGACAAACUGACGGGGUACCAGCAACAAUUGAAGUUUUACCAGAAAUUGUUAAAGCCGUUGGAGAAAAGGUGGAAAUUUAUAUCGAUGGGGGAUUUUCCCAAGGAUCUGAUGUUUUCAAAGCUUUAGCUUUAGGAGCAAAAAUGGCUCUUUUUGGAAGACCAAUGUUGUGGGCUUUGGCUUGUGAAGGGGAAAAAGGAGCGAAAAAUAUUUUAGAAACAAUGAGGAGAGAAAUUUUUCUCACAUUCACUUUAACUGGUUGCAGAAAUGUUCAGGAAGUGUCUAAAACUAUGGUUUGCCAUGAAUCCAGAUUUAGUCAUUUCUAACUAAAAAAAAGAAAAAAUUUAAAAAAGCUUCUGUACUUAAAUAAUAAUUUUUAAUUACUUAUUCUCUAAACGAGUUUUUCUCUAAUAGAAAAAAUUUAGACGUACACCGAAAAUAAAAUA